AUGGCCGCCGCCAACGGCACCCUCACCCCGCCGACGCUUCCGCCUGCGCCCCAGUCGCCCUCGGCUGCAAAGCGCAAACUCGCCAGCCCCCAGGCCAAUGCUCCCAAUGGCGCUCCCACGUCUGCGCAGGGAGACGGCACGCGUUCUCUGCAGGCGGCAUUGCAGGACAUGCUCGAGGUUCUCAAGAGCUAUGACACGCAACCCUCGCUCCUCUCGCAUCCCAUAACCUCGUCGAUAGCCCGCUCUGCCUCCGGAGAAGCCGACUCGAAGCGCACCAAACUGACCCCACCGAAUGGCCCUGCUACCAUCACCACCCUGAUCCAAGAUGGCUCGUACGAUUCUCUGCAGGCACUCGAAAGGGAUGUCGAGAGCGCCACCACGGACAUCCUAGCCUCCACGGGCGCCAACGACUCGUCGGCUGCGACCACGUCUCCCCAAGACACUGCGCUCCAGGGCAAGCUCCUUGCCUUUCAGACAAUUCUCAGGAAUCUCAUCGGCCGAGAGGAGGCACGCAAGGCGCACCACCAAGCAAAGGGCUCGAGCGAAGAGCCUUCUGCUCACGUCGAGAGAGAGGAGAGCGCUCCAGUGGCCAUCAAGCAGGAAGACACCGAGGCUGAGGGACCCCAGAGCAGGACCGUCCUUACGUUAUACGGAAGCGCGCCGCCCAAGCAGCUCUUUUCGAGUCUGCAGCAACCCCAAAAGAUCGCGCCCACGAUCCCAAUUUCUGCCCUCGACACUGCCGUCAAGGUGAUACUUCCUCUCCGCGAGGCGAGCCUCCCCAAUCUCAUCAGCACGACAGAGGUAUAUCCUCUUCCCGAUCCAGACAGCAAGAAAAAACCUGCCACUAUUGGAGACGUUUUUCGCGCGCCCCCGCAUCUCCCACAGAUCAGCCCACCCAAGUCUGCCAGGCCAACAACGAGCAAAGGCAACAACACAAUUACCUUUGCGCACCCAGAAGUCCCCAAGCCCCAGCGCAAGGGAUCUCAAUCGUAUGCGCACCAAGGCUUGUCUUCUGGUUUGUGGCUAGGCUAUGGCGGAGUGGACAUGCCCAAAGACCAGACGUCGCCAACAGCAAAACAAAAGAGCAGGCAGCGCGCUCUGAGUAUGGGUGAGGCGCAACAGCCGCCAUCUGAAGCGAUCCUGGUUGCAGUUCAACAAGCAAAAGAAGAUGCUCUAUUUCGCAGUGCCUACUCGAGUUUUGCGCCCACGCGGGACGAUACCUCGGCCAUUAUCCCAGAAGAGACGAAGAAUAUGGUGUGGUGGCACAAGGUUGGUGAGAAGCGCUUCAACGAGAUGUUUCCAAUCGACCCGGCGCUACUCGACCCCGAAGAGGCCAAGGCCGUGCUUGCCAAUGGAACCAGCGACGAAGACGAGCUGUUCAAAGAAGCCGUGGAGAACUUUACGCCCAUUGAGGGAGAUGUUCUGCCCGGGGCGGAAGAGAAAAGCCAAGAGGAAAAGGAUACCGAUCAAGUCCUCAAGGAUAUCUCCGAGCUUCUCGAGACAUUGGCAUCCUACCAAAGGAUACGAAAUCUCUCCCUCACGACCAAUCCGCGCACACCUGUUGUGCAGAACGCCUCUCUGGCAAACUUGGCUGGCAGUCCAUCAACGCCGUCGUCUGAGGAGUUUGACGUGUACCAAAUCCUCAAGUCGCAGCUGACUUUGUUGAUUUCACAGCUUCCCCCCUACGCUGUUGCCAAGCUAAAUGGUGAUCAGAUGGACGAACUAAACAUCAGUCGAACCAUAAUCUUCGACACGAAAGAGUACAAGGGAGUCUUGGAGGACGACCAACUCCUGAAGCUUUCAAAGACACCUGCAAUGACUGCUGCGACGCCUGCAACAUUGGCACGGACGGGUUCUGGCGCUAGCGCACAUUAUCCCAUGGCUGGUCACCAGUACGGCCGCCCUGCACCAUCCGUGCAACAACCAGGCGGCCGCCCUGUGUACUCGCAACAACCGUCUCUUCAUCGGUCAUCGUCACUGCAUCUACAACGCUCACCCUCGGGUGCGGCACAGCCUUUCCAGCCUGGUGGCGCAUCUUAUGCUCCUCGGCCAGGGUACCCAGCGACACCAUCUUACGGCCAACAGGCACCACGACCGAGUUAUGGAACCACACCCUCUGGACAGUACUUUCCGCAGCGCUUGGCACAGCCAGGUGGCUACGGUGGUGCCCCUGCCUCGCAGUACUACGGUGCGACGCCUCAAGCGCAAGGGCAAGCCCGAUAUGCUACACAGCCGAACCAGAGCACCUACUAUCCGCGCUCGCAGAACGUGGCGCCUCUCUACAAUGGCGGCCAAGCGCCCCAGGCACGCACUGUAUCCCCUAUGAAGGGCGCGCCUCCGCCUACACCGUCUACUUACGGCACACGGCCAGGGUAUAGCACGCCGGUAUCGGGAGGUCAGAUGCGUAGUACGUACUAUGGACCACCUCAGUACGGCACUCCACAGGCUCCUGCGGCUGCAGCACCCUUCAACGGCAUGCCUAAUAAUACUCAGCAGAUGAUGAUGGAGCGGCAGCAGGCACAGGUGGCGGCUCAGUCGCAGGCUCGGCUCGCGGCACAAAAUAGCUUCAGUAGUAGUAGGCAAGGCUCGGGAACGCCGCAACCGCCCAACGGGUCAAUGUUCGGCGCCAACGGAGCCUCCAUGUCCAACUAGAGUGCUUUAUUUGCAAGGUGUUUUGGAUACCAUAGAUGAUGGAUUGGGCGUUCCCAAGCUCGGGCAAUGAGUGUGAUAGUGCAGGGUCUUUUUUCUUAUUCCUGCUGGGCAUGUUUCUUGGCAGCCAGCGCUGUGUCCUUGGUUGUUGUUCAUUUGGACCACGCGUGUUUUCUAAUUAGUCUUUGGUAGAUGCCGGGCACGCAGAAACUGCGAUGGUGCUGGACAUACAUAGCAAACAACGCAUAAUGUGUUCCC